ACUGAGCUGUCUUCAAAGUAACACGGAUUAGACACACGCAGUUUCUUUUAACGUAAUUAUGCCUGCGUGUAACCUGUGAUAGUGAAAGACUGAAACAGUGAUCUCUGUAAACUCUAUAUGUGUAUGAACUAAUUUCGUGUUUGGAGCUGCGUGUAUUGCACAAUUAGUUGUUACUGUAAUUUCAAUGGCGGUUUCAACAUUGAAUAUGACACCAUACUUCACAGGAUAUUCCUUUCAAGGUCAGGGUCGUAUGAAUCAAUUGGGUGGGGUGUUCAUAAAUGGUCGUCCCCUACCCAACCACAUCAGGCUGAAGAUCGUGGAGAUGGCUGCAGCAGGAGUACGUCCUUGCGUCAUUUCACGGCAACUGCGCGUCUCACAUGGCUGCGUAUCCAAGAUCCUCAAUAGAUAUCAGGAAACUGGUUCUAUCCGGCCUGGUGUUAUCGGAGGAUCGAAACCGAGAGUAGCGACGCCUGAAGUAGAGAACAGGAUAGAAGAGUUGAAGAGACAAAACCCAGGUAUAUUCUCCUGGGAGAUUAGAGAUAAACUAAUAAAAGAAGGCAUCUGUGAUAAAAACACAGCUCCGUCAGUCAGCUCGAUUUCGAGACUAAUAAGAGGAGGCAAAAGGGACGAAUCAGAUCCUAGAAGAAAUCACAGCAUUGAUGGUAUUCUAGGUCCUUCGUCUUGUGAAGACUCCGACACUGAAUCAGAGCCUGGCAUUACAUUGAAGAGAAAACAGCGGAGAUCUAGAACAACCUUCUCUGGAGAUCAGCUCGAGGCUUUGGAAAGAGCCUUCACCAGAACUCAAUAUCCAGAUGUUUAUACGAGGGAAGAACUAGCACAGAAAACUAAACUUACUGAGGCAAGGGUUCAGGUAUGGUUUUCUAACCGAAGAGCCCGACUCCGUAAACAACUCAAUUCACAACAACUUAGCGCUUUCAAUACAAUGUCAUUACAGUCAGCAUUUCCUUCCGUUCAUCAGCAAUACGAACCCCCUUCCACUUUUAAUGCACAAUGUGCAACAUGGCAGCAAUCCUAUUCAUCAGCGUUGGGUACAAGCUCAGUUCUGAAUUCGGCACUCGCCCCUUCACUCCACCAAUCAGCCUUGACGGCUCCUUCUGUUUGUCAAUCAGCACUAGCAGCAUCAUCAUUACAUCCACCUACAUCUAGUUCUUUCUCAACGGGGAAUCUAACUCCUUUGUCACAUUCUUCUGAACUUGCUACACCACUGCAACCAGCAGCAGAUGCCACACCCCCCAGUUCGAGUCCAGCAACAACGACUCCAUCUGCAAAUCAAAGUAGUGGCAUUACUUACCAACAUUCAAGCUAUCCUAACCCGAGUGAAGCAGUACCUCACUCCUACGGUUACGGAGAUUAUUCGAAACAAGAACAUGCGAUGUCAGCUCAUAAUCAUUGGACUUCAAGACAACUUAGUGCUCAUCCACAGAACAAGCUAGCAGAAGUUGGUGCUUGGCCAGAAAACUAUAGUUCCUUUUUCGGCACGAAUCCAUCCCACUACGCUUCACAUGCCCAUUCUCCGACGGAGGCCAAGUCUGGAUAUCCUUACUUAGGGCAACUAGGAGGAAUGGAUAUGGGACGAGUUCACUAGAAAUAACAUAUAUAACAUAUAUAUGUAUACAAGGCAAUAAAUAUUGUAUAGUAGUGAAAUAUAUAACUGAAUACAUGUUCACAAAUCUGAAAAUUGUAGAAAAAUAAUGUCAUAUUAUUGAUAGUGCCUUAACAGAUUUUAGACGCUAUAAACAUUACUGAGAUGCUAUAAACAUUAUUAAGAAGAUUAAUUUGAAAAGUCAGUUAAUUCGGUUAUUUUUUGAGACAUCAAAAGUUACAGUAAGUUAAUAGCGACAGCGCUUGAAGAUAGAUGGAAGUUAUAAAACAAU